AUGCUGCAGCGUAGAGGCCACAAUUCCAGUGGAGCCAUCCGUCUUGGGCAAAAAAGGGCUCCAGCCAACCGCGGCAGGGGCCAAAACGGAUCGAAAGGCUCAUCGCCAAUGCGCGGAGGCACAGCACCUAUGAAGCCACCCACGAUUGGCCGGCCUCCCCCGCUUUCCGAAAGUCGAAAGUAUCAGGUGCCUCUUGCCACCAAUUUAAUCGCCGGCAUUCAGAACGGAAGCAGGCUACAGCAUGGGGGAAAGACAGUAAAGCAAAACUCGCGACCGCCCAAGCGACAAAGAGAAAUCAAACAACAACAGCGAAGCUUAGAAGGCCGGAAUGGCACCAGUGCUGCCUGCGAUAUUUCCAAACUGCAUGAUAUCGCAUUGAGAAUAGAGACCAAUCUCGGUGCUGUAGUUAAUGCUCAAGACGCAAAAGGCACCGGAACACAGCUGCGCCGAUGA